UAUAUUUUGACCCGUUCAUGUGGAUAAUCCUUAUUUGUGCCAAGCCUGCUGUCUUUAGGUUGACAAUUAUUUUGAAAAUUAGCAGCAUGCCAAUGCAAACACCAUUUUGUUGUGAUUUUGUUAUUCAUCUAUUUGAAAUGUUAGAAUUUUUCUCUAACAAAAACGAAACAGUUGUACAACUGUCUUUUUUGCGUGUGCCAAAUUCAGUUUCGUUUCGUUUCUUUAUCCUGGCCACUGAAGGAAAGGGCGUGGUGAAAGUGAUAGUUAAGCUCUUCACAUAGCAUCUGAUCAUGUAUCAGUCUAUUGCUCUUAUCAGACAGUCAGAAUGAGCACAGACUGUUUACUUUGGUGAAACAAUGUAAAAUAUAAUGAAUUCGACAUCUGCAUGUUUCAACAAACUCAAAAUAUCAAGUUUACAGAAUCCCACAGGUGUUUAGGGUGGCUUGGGGUUAAACACCACCCAGGGUUAAACGCUCCCAGGGUUGCCAGGUCCAGUAAAAAUGUCAAAUUCAAAAGACCCAUCAACCUGCCCAGAAAGUCUGAAAACUAGCAAUUUUUUUCGCAGCAACGGAGGAGUUGCCAUAUUUAUCCAAUACAUCCUUUUCUCACGAAGUUAUUGAUGUAAUUAAGACGGAAUAACGACGUAAUUUGUAACGACAAGAAGCCAAAUUAAUGUUUCCCAUCAAAAUAAUAAUAAUUAUUGCGGAGCUAAUGUGCUGUAAUAGCCUAGUGGUUAGAGCGUUGGACCGGUAGCCGAAAGUUUGCUGGAUCGAAUCCCCGAGCUGACAAGACCACCCCUACUGAGACCAACGUGAUCCCCAACAUGAACCCCAAACUGACCCAGGAACAGGAGAAACAGCUGUGUUCUUUACUGGGAAACGUCAAACUCAGCCUGCUGUUCAAGGCCAGUAUAUAUGGCUACACAGGAGCAGCCUUUCACCAGAAAUGUGACCACCAAGGUCCCACAGUCUCUGUAGGAUAUAACUCCACAGGGUUUGUUUUUGGAGGCUACACAAGUAAAGAUCAUGAUGUAGCCAAGCAAGGCCAGUACAUACAGGAUGACAAAGCCUUUUUGUUCAGUUUAACUGGUAGAAAUCCUGUCAGGUAUCCUGUCACAAAUGCCCAAUAUGCGGUCAAAAUGCAUAACACAACUGGCCCUUACUUUGGGGAGGCUUUGUUGUUAAUGAACGCUAACACCGCUACAGUGAUCAGCAUUCCAGGAAACUACUACAACUUCAAUGCUGCAGAAAUGCAUGGCAAUAACCUUAACCUAACUGAGUGUGAGGUGUAUAAAGUGGAAGAAGGUGGUAACAUCAUCGAAAAGCCAUGGAGGACAAUUCUUUGGAAAGCUGAGAGGAGAAAGGAGCUGAUGGACUCUGUUAAGCUCUACAGGCCCAUGAUCAGUUCUGUGGGUCAGGCUAGAGUUCUACUCAUCGGCCCAGUCGGCGCUGGAAAGUCCAGCUUUUUCAACUCUGUCAACUCCAUCUUCCGAGGCCAUGUGACCAGCCAGGCCAUAUCGGGCAGCUCUGGAACCAGUCUGACCACUCAGUUUCGCACCUACUCAGUUAAGGCUGGACGCGAUGGCAAACCGCUGCCAAUCAUUUUGUGUGACACGAUGGGAAUGGAGGAGGCCACAGGGGCGGGGCUAGAUGUGGAUGACAUCAGCAGCAUUCUGAAAGGCCAUGUGCCAGACAGAUACCAGUUCAACCCAUCAGUCCCUCUGCAAGCAGAUGCCCACGGAUUCCGGCAGUCAGUGAAACUGCAUGAAAGGAUCCACUGUGUGGUGUACGUCAUGGACACCUGCAAAGUCUCCAUUAUGUCCACCAAACUGGAGGAGAAACUGGUGGCCAUUCGCAGGAGGGUCAACCUGCUAGGCAUCCCACAGCUGGUUCUUCUUACCAAGGUGGAUGAGGCCUGUCCCUGUGUGGCCAACAACUUGAGGAACGUGUACAACAGCCAGUACAUAAAGACCAAGGCCCAGGAGGUGAGUGGCCGUCUGGGGCUACCCAUGUCCUGCAUUGUCCCGGUGAAGAACUACAGUGAAGAGCUGGAGCUGGACAUGAGCUGUGACAUCCUGCUCCUCAGCGCCCUGAUCCAGAUGCUCCGCUUCGCAGACAACUACUUUGAUGACGUCAACGACCAAGAGAAACACGACUAGACCAAGUAGAGGAGAUCACCCAGCAUGGUGGUGGUAUUGCCUGUCUAUGCCACCUUGUUUAGCCCUCUCUCUGCCUCAUUCUGUAUAUCUUGUUCUAUGGUGUUCACGUAAUCAUAAUUAUGAUGACUAGUUAUCCAUUACGCAACUACAGAAUGAUAAGAAUAACAUAACAUGCCUCAUUGAGCCUACAUCUUGAAUAUUUUAUUCAAUUGCUAGAAAUAAUCUAUAUUUAGGCAUAAAAAGAAAGUUAGUUCACUAGCAUGGCUAAUUCUGUUCUUGUUUACAUCAUUGUGAUUGUUUGGAUUACAUGGGAUAGGUGAAAGGCCUGGGUUUUCUUCAUAUGUUCAUUGAUUGCUUUGCAUACUAGUUGAUCCUACAUAGUCAGUUCUUGGAUAGUCUCAUACAGCAAUCUGCUCCUCAGAAUAUACCCCAGCUGAAGAAAAAGUAGAGGUUAAACUUAGUACAAGAUCAUGUAGUUUUUACAUUGGAUUCACUUCACAUUUGGCUUGCAAUUGCUUGUGGUUUAACCACUAGAUGACAGUAUAUCAUGAAACUGAAAAUAAGUUGCUAAUAGUAUGUGCUGCUGUUGGAAAAGCUGCCCAUUAAAGUUACCUUUGUUGAAUAUCA